AUGACUGUCGAGACGCCAGACUUCCAGGGCUCCACGUUUGAUGGCGCUCUUCCAGGCCGAAUGCCUGAGGCGGAUGCCGGCAGCUCAAGGCAGAAGCCCGUGCAGGAGCGCUCCAGCUCUCCUGGCGUGCCACCGUCAGCUGCAAGGAUUCCCCAGAGCUCCGAGCACCGGCGACCGAGGGCGGGCAGUGAGGAUGCUCAGCCGGUGCCGGCGGAGGUGGCCCCUCCUAGCGAUCCAGUCUCCGGUCGCUCGCGGAGGCGGCGUGAGUCAGAGAGCUCGAACUUCCAGCGGGAAAAGAUGGCUCGCUUUGCGUCAAAAGCCCUUGCGCUCGCAGCCGUCGUGGCAGUGGCUAUGUGGACUCAUACCGCUUUGAAGGCAUUCUGUGGGAGCUUUUUGAGCCGACCAGAAGGAGGAUCCCAGACCGCCUGCAAGGGAUGGCGCUUGGACAAGAUGGAGGUAGGGCCCACGGGCAUCGGUCAGCUUGUCGUGGCAGAGGGCUUCUUCAUCGGUGAGAAGGCCAUGUACGAGAUUUGCAACAAGCAGGGCCGCCGCUACCGCAUGCGGCCUUUCGCUGAGGAGCGCAAGACAGAUGGCUCUGUUCCCGGCAUCUUCCAGCUUGGGCCUUUCAAGAUCCACCUUGAGCAGGCCUUCCGCGGUGGCAGCGGACCCUUCUCCCUCGUUUCCGAGCGCCCUGAGGGCUACUCGGGCAACGGCGGCACUGCCGGAUGGGGUGAGGACAUUCCCACCAAGGGCGGCUACGGUCGUUGA